CUCACCCGAGAGACCCGGGUUCAAGUCCCGGCAAUGGAAUUCCUUUUUCCUUUUUUUUUAAAACAUUUUUUUACUCCGUAUUAUUCUUUCCAUCGGCGGGAAAGAAAACAGUGCUACAGUGUUCGUAAAAGAAAAAGUCACACGGCUGCAACAACUGAAACUCUCCCUCCCAAUUAGGUUUUCCGAUUCGUGAACGAUGGCGAGGCAAAGGGGCGGCAAUGGGAGAGGGAUGGAGGAGAACACGAUGGCGAUUCUCGACACCUCCGGCUUCAACCGCGACUCUCGCCACCGCAACGACGAUCGGCUUGCUUUUCUGGAAGCUGUCCGCUCAGCUUCUCUGGUUCCCGAAGAUGCAGUUGCUCCGACUAAGACAAUGUUUGGUGCGAUUUUUCAAAUUCUAAAGGACGAGAGUACGUUGGAACUUGUAGUAGCAAGCUAUCAACUACUAAAUGAGUUAGAUAAGCGUUUCCCUAGGCUGCACCAUCCCAUGGUUGAGAAGUCAGAUUCGUCUUCACCAACUCAUUGUAACGCACUUGUUGUGGAUGAAGAGGCUUGGUCUCCAUUUAAUUAUGGAUUAGAUAGCGAAAAGGUGGAAUCAAGUACUGACUCAGGAUUAUCAAUUAACCCCUUGGAGUUUCAUUCUCUGGUUCAAGGCAUUGGUGAAGUUGUCGAGGAUAAGCCUGAGGCAUCAGAAAUUAAGACAUUGAGGAGCAUGCUGCUGUUUCAGUAUCUUGUAAAUGUUCUUGAAAGAGAUUUUUUACUUCGUAAUAGUGCAUACAAAGAAAAUAUGAACUGGAAACUUGUAAGAGAAUCGUUGCUUAACAUGCUUCUGGGAUCAAGAAAAGUAGUCUAUAAAAACUUUGUCAAGGACUGCCUAUCUUCAAUGUGCUCUAUGUAUCAUGAAAUGAACAAUACUCAAAGUAUGACAAUGACAAAUUCUAAUGCUGCGGUUGCAAUGGCUUUACCUGAAGCAAAACAUUGUGCAUGUGUUUCCCUGAAGAAACUCCUAUUCUUGAUAAUUGAGCUUGAUUCAUCACGGAACAAAGCAGAUUCUAAAGGCUUGACCACUAGAUCUGAUGGCGUAAGAACCCCUGUCUCGGAGAUUAUUCUGGAUGAAAUAACUUAUAAUAGUGACACACUCUCAUUUCUUCAGAUAUUUGAUGAACCAGGACAGAAGCUAAAGUUAAUUGUGCAGUAUUUCCAGAAGUACAUUCCCAAGACUUCUGCUCGCAAUAAAAAGUCAAACGGUCUAGGAAAUUCUGCAACAUUUGAGAGCAUUUUGAAGUGUUUCUCAAAUGCAAACAGCACAAGAAGUAUCAUGAAGAAAAUCAGCGGAGAGGCUGCAAUGUUUCUUCUAGGACAUGCUUUUCAGGCAUACUUGCCCAUGUCAAUGCGGCACACGGAAGCCUCAGAAGAAUGCAGCACAGAUUCAAAGGAAGAUGUAAGCAACAGUUCUCUUCCUGAAAUAUGCCAGAAAAUUGUUACAGCUUUUACUUGGAUUAAAAGAGAAAACAAGGUAACGGGAAUUUCGCAUUUUGGUAAGGAAGCGCUUUUUACAGCGGCGACCAUUCUCUCGUCGAGUUCAUAGGAUCGGGAAUACGUACUGAAUUGAUCGGUAAGGCUUUUUGGUGGUUUUGUAACAUAUGGUACUGCAUUGGGAUUUAUUUAGUGCCUAAUUAACCGUAGCUUGUUACCAAAACAUGUAUAGUACAGUGCAUGUAAAUUCUGCUUCUAGACCUGCUAAUUC